AAGCCCAUUUGACAAACUAAAAAACCCUAAUAUAUCCAUUUAUCUCUCUUCCCCUCCCACUCUCUACACACAGUUCACGUACUCAGCCGUUCGAUUCACCUGCGAAAAAGAAAGUGUGCGAAGAUGAGCAAAGUCACGGCGGCUGCGGCGUCGAAGGGUGGGAAGAAGAAGGGGGUUACCUUCGUGAUAGAUUGCACGAAGCCGGUGGAGGACAAGAUCAUGGAGAUCGCUUCGCUGGAGAAGUUUUUGCAGGAGAGAAUUAAGGUCGGAGGCAAAGCUGGUGCCCUCGGUGAUUCCGUUACUGUCAGCCGUGAGAAGAGCAAGAUCACCGUCACAGCUGAUUCCGCUUUCUCCAAAAGGUACUUGAAGUAUUUGACAAAGAAAUACUUGAAGAAGCACAAUGUGAGGGAUUGGCUUCGUGUGAUUUCUUCUAACAAAGACAGAAACGUGUACGAACUGCGCUACUUCAACAUUGCUGAGCAAGAGGGCGAGGACGAAGAUUAAAUAUAGAGAGAUUUAAGUUUCAUGUUCAAUUCAUGCUUGCUCAAAAUUGUCAAAACCACUUUUUUGGAUCAAUUUGUGUUUGUUCUUUCUUUCUAUGAUUGAGACUGCUUAUGAGAUUGAAUUUUGAUAUGAGAAUAUGCCUUUUAUUCUA